CUUGCGUCAGUCUUUAGCUUGAGGUUUUUGAAUUGGGCUGCUUGUAUUUCGUGGUUGAAAUAUUGCUUUCUAAUAAUGUUAAAAAAUCAGGGACAUAUAUUGACGGAUGACAUCGUUAUAAACUAUAAAAACAGAGACAGGGAUGAUUGUUUGCAUUUUCUGACUCAUAUAGACACAACAUGCAAAGAUUUGUCUUUGUUUAUUUCACCAACAGCGAAAAGAAUCUAUACGUCUAUCUUCAAUGCUUGGUUUUUGAAGAUGAAUUUUGAUGUAAAGCAUAUAGAUGUGCACGGUUUCAGUACUAAUAAAAGUUUUAAAAUAACAUACAAAGGAAAUAAAUACAUUUAUUCAUUUAUAGAAUCUAAAUUUACCACAGGAUCUGUUGCUCUGUUAUUACAUGGAUCUUUUGGUACUUAUCUAUAUACUGGAAAUUUUUGUUACUAUCCAUCAUUUUUAAGAUCCCCAGUCUUACUGCCAGUAAUCGAGGAGAAGGCCCUUACUAGACUUUAUCUGGACAAUACCUACUAUGAACAACCUUCUAAUUUUUUAGGAUUUCAUGAACUUGCUACCAAAGUUGCUGCAUUGAUCAAGUCCCAACCGAUGAAGAAUUUUUAUAUAUAUGCUGACAAAGUAACAAUGGAUCCUCUUUUAGCAGAUAUUGCUUCUAAACUAGAGGAGAGAGUUUAUGUUUGCCAAAGCACUAUGGAAAUCAUGAAAAUUCUAGGUUAUGAGUCAUGCUUCACUCGCCAUUCUAAUGAAUCUAGAAUUUUUAUUGAUAAAGCAUUUAUUAAAAAAAGGGGUUUUGGGCUUGAAAACAUAGCAAUUUACAUUAAUCGCUAUUCUGAAUCAUGUAAAAGUUUUCAGAAAAUUGAAAAAAAAGGAAAUGUAUAUACUUUUAAUUUUUAUUGUCAUAGCAAUCACAGAGAAAUUUGUGAAUUACUUAGAAUAUUGAAACCUGAGUCAAUGACUUUCCUUUUUUCAGAAAUUGACAAGUCAAAACUUUCUUAUGACUUUAAAUUUAAAUAUGAUUUUCCUCGGAAUGUCUUAUUCAAUGGUAUUUCAACUGAGGCUUCAAAUAAAGUUGAAAGUGAAACGAAUAUGCUUGUGAAAAAUAUCCCUAGGCAAUUGAUUAAACCCAGUAUUACUAUUGAUAAAGUUGUUCAUCAGUUUUCAGGUAAUGAAGGCAAAAACCUUGUUCAGAGUACUUCUGAAAAUCGCUGUGUUACUAACUUAUCUAAAGACUUCAUUUGUCCUUUACGUAUUCGUAAGGUUCCAGAAAUUAAUAAUACUGGAUUAUCUAAUGGAUUAAAUUGUAUUAUAGAAGGUGUUACAGAUAAUAUAACUUGUAAUAAACUAUCUUAUAUAGGUACAAAUGAAAUAAAUAAUUACGACAGCCACACUUCUAAUUUUAGUGCACAGUCAUAUGCUUCAGUAAAAAGCUUUCACAACUAUCAUAAGCCUCAACCAAGCAAUUCUGUAGAAUUUAUAAAAUUAGCCAAUAAUGAUUCAACUGAAAACACAUUGAUUUCCAGUAAUAUAAACUCAUUUUCAUCAUGUGUUGUUAAGACUAAAACAGGUGUGCCUUUGGUGUUUAAUUCUAAGUUAGUAAAGGAAAAUCGAUUGACUGAAACAAACCCAAAAGGUAUGCCAAUAUCAAAUGUUGGUAUGUCCUCUGUUGGCAAAAAAAAUACCAUAGUUUUAAAUAGAAAAUAUGUUGAUGUAAAAAAACCAUAUGUCGUCACAGUUCCAGUUAAUGGUAUUCAAAAGACUAAACUGAAUGAUGUUGAAAAUGUAAAACAUAUUGUAAUUAAAAAACCUCUCAUGUUACUUAAAUCUAAAACAGCUGAUUCAGAUUCAAACAUGAAAAGACCUAAUGCAUUAUUACAGCCUCCUUCCGAUGUUUUGGAUUUAACUAAACUGUUUCAUGGUUGGAUGGAUAACGACAUGACUUCUAUCUCAAAAAAUUCUUCUCAAACAUCUGAAAACAUUAUAGAUGAACAUGAGGAAUCAAUUUCUGUUGGGUCUUAUAAUUGUGAUAGGGAUAGUAUUCAGUUAAAAUCACCAAGAAAUAAUACUAGUGAUAAUAAUAGGAAUUCUGAUUCAUUAGGAGAUACUAUCAAUCUGCAAAAUGAACAUAAUAUUAAUCAGUCAUGUGAAACCCUAGCUGAAUUUCAUCUUAAAGGUAAUCAGCAAAGUUGCAAUGAAAAAAAUAAUGGUGAUGAUUCUAUUAUAACAGCUGCAGAAAAAUCUCUGGUGAAUAAUAGAGCUACUGGUGGCAGCCCUUGUAAAUCAACCAAUGGUUCUGGACUGAAACCAGUUAAUGCUAAUACCUUGGAAAAUAAUAAAAGUGAGUUUUGUAAAAAUGAUUAUCAAGCUGCUACUAAUACUGCUUCUAAUACAAUUUCAAAACGACAUUUGGCUGAUGAUGAAAAUGGACAGUUAAGAAAAAAACUAAGAAGUGAUAAUUUAAGAAAGUAUCUUAUGCAAAGUUGGCAACAGAAUGAACCUCUUUCAUUGAGGGAUUGUAGGAUUUUAAUUAGGCGGAACAGUUUUGAAAAAAGUUACUUCUAUUCGUCAAAACAUGAUUGCUAUCUUCCGAAAUUCUAUGGUUUUAGAAAGCAUGAGGUAAGACCCCGUAACUUAUUGAAUACUUUACGGAAUCUUCAAAAGCUUGUGAUGGAAAUUAAUUAUAAUUAAGUUACCAGUACUCUGGCAUUAUUUGUCUGGAAAUCGAUGUAAAUAGCUAUUAUGUAAAUGUUUUGUAUAUUUGUAAAUAAUAUAAGUUGUUUUAAUAUUUAUAAAUUUUAUUUUACAUUUUUAUUUUGUACAUUAAAUUAAAUCAUUAAUGGAAAGUUAAUAUACUUCUUUUUCUUUGCCUCUUGGAUAAACUGAAAUGAUUUUUUUUUUCUCCUAUUAUUUUUUUGUAUAUUGAAAGAAUAAAUACUAUGUUCUUUGUUACUUAAUAUUUUAAAUAUUGCAACCUUAAUAUUUCUUUAUUUACUUAAUUAAACAUAUUGACUGUAUCACUUCUUUUUGAACCAAAUGUAGUAGUAACCAGAAUUAUAAUUUUCCCGAGAGUAUUAUGAUGAAAAUUAUGUCCACCCUAUGUGUUAUUCCUCGUUACUCUGGGUUAAGAGGCUUUAUGUCCGAAAUAAAGAAAUCAUCACAAGGAAUGUGAAACAGUUUAAAGGCAAAAAAAUGAUUUGUAUGCAUUAAAAUGUUAAUGUUUAUUUCAAACCAAUUAAGACUUCAAUUAUUGAGUGACCUCUUUACCAAUUAAUAAUGCAUUGCUAUGAAGAAGUGACCUGAAUUGAUGAAAGUAAACGCAUUGGAAAGCUUUUAUAUUAAUGAGGUAGAGGCUGCAAGGUCUAGCGAGUUAAGGCGCCUGCAAAAAUUUUAAGCUACGGGUUUAAAUCUCAUUUGCUGGAUUUAAAAUAAAAUAAAAAAAAAAAGAUAAAAAUAUCAAUAAUUAAUAAUAAAUAAGUGCACUCCCUGCUCAAAUGCUUAGACCACUACGGUGUGGGUUCGAUUGCCGCAUGGGGAUGGUAACGUCCCCACACUGAGAUUCACAGAAAGGUGAGCGACUUCUGUGUCUUCCAACAACAUAGCUCCUGAUCCUCCAGAUUGGGGGUUGGGCACCAAGCCAUUAGCUCUAUCCUUUAAAAAAAAAAAACAGGAUGGAGAAGUAUACAAAAGGGUUGCCAACCAUCCUGAUGAAGAGGGAGCAAUCAGUGAUCGUGUUCAGUUAUUAUACAUCAAGUGCUCUCUGGUUAUCUAUACGAGUAUAAGAGAACCAAACGAUCACAGCUGUCGCCUAGAACAGGCCCGUAGCUGCUAGAGGACUAAUGACAGAAAUCAAGACAUUAGAAAAAAAAAUAUAUAUAUAUAUAUAUUAAUGAAAAUUAAAGAAUAUAUUAUUUUAGACUGAAGAGUUAUUAUUUCAUCCUUUUUCCUUCUUUAUUUAUUUUGCCCCUCAGUACUAUGGGUUUUGGAAGUAGUUCCUGCCAUAUUCUUCCUUCCUGAAUGUAAUUGCCACAAUUUUGAAGCUACUGAGGGCUCUAGAAGCAGUGGCACUCAAAAUUGAUUAAUGUGUGUUGUAGUAUGUAUUGAUAGUUUAUUAUAGUUAGGAAUUUUGUCAAUAUAAAAGUGCUUUUAUUUUGAUUAAUGUAUUUAUUAUUAAUAUAUUUUAAUGGAUCUAAAAGACAAGUUCAUU